UUGUCUGGAACAGAUUUUUUCCCAAAUGCAAGCAAACAGAUCGGACAGGCGCCGACUGAGGACUUCACUCCAGUCUUUGAACAGUGCGGGUGGAAGGUCAUCCGGACCAGGAGCUCGGUGGCGCCUGAGAGAACACAUGCAAUCGAGGAGCAAGCGGGACUAAAUCUAAACCUAGGCGCAAUACGCAACUCUAGCAACAUUCCGUCAAAUGCCGUCUUGCGAAUCUGCCAAACUAAUGUAAUGGAGACGGUGGACGUAAAGACAAAUUUGUCAGUUCUUUCUGAACUGGAAGACGCCUACUCAAAAUGCUUGGAUGGUGAGGAAACUCCGGCAUCUGAGUUUAUCAGAAGUAUGAUCCGGCGUGAGUAUGAGCGUGACUUAGAGGAUGAAAAGUUGUUGGCGAUCUACCUGAAGUUGUGUGGAAACAAUCGUCACAUGGGAGCAGUGCGUCUUGAAGAUCGGGACAUCAAGCCAAUCUGUACAGCACUUUUGCUAAAACCCUGUAUCACGAUGCUGGAUCUGCGAUAUAACCGCAUCAAGGACGAGGGAGCCGCAAUUAUUGCAUCAUUUUUGACGGACGAUCGACUUCUGCAAGAACUAAACCUGGUGGGCAAUGAUAUAACCGAAAUUGGCGCCGCUUGCAUUGCAACUGCGUUACGGACGAACAACGUAUUACUCGUACUGAAAAUGACCGGAAACCCGAUUGGAUCUACCGGAGGACUACGCCUAGCCCAGGCUCUACAAGUGAACCGUACUUUGGAAUUCAUCGACUUGGGCGAGUGUGAUCAAACCAUUACCAGCUGCAUCGCCUUCGCCACGAUGUUGCACCAGAACAAAACAAUUAAAAGUUUGAAUUUGAAUCGUCAGUUAUUAUGGACGUUGCAAGAGGAACCUACAGUGCACAUUGCCGAAAUGCUUUGCAUCAAUAACACCUUGAGGGAGCUACAUUUAUCCAAGGUGGACAUGAGGGACUUCGGCGCGAAGCGGUUGGCCGAUGCAUUGGAACGAAACCACAUGUUGGAAUUGUUGGACAUUAGUGCCAACCGCGUAGCGCGUGACGGUGCAAUCGCUCUUUCUCGUGUGGUAAUGGCCAAUUGUUCCCUUGUUAUUUUGGACUUGGCCUUCAAUCGCAUUCAGUGUGCUGGUGCCAAAGCACUUGCUACAGCCCUGAUUACCAACACUCGUUUGAAAGUACUCGCAGUCCAGUUUUGUGAACUGAGAGGCCCAGGUUUGUGCGCGCUUGCCGAAUCACUCGUAACCAAUAGCACACUGACCAAUAUUUAUAUCUGGGGUAAUGAACAUGACGAAUCCACCUGCAUUGCGUACUCAAACCUGUUGGAAACAGGCCGCCUCGUACCAGAGUGCACGGAUGUCCGCCCUUAUGUAGUUGAUGGACGCGUCUAUCUAGCUCUGUUGGACCAUGACAAUACCUAUCGUCUUUAUCGAUUUUCUGUCCCGUGGUGGAAGGGAUUUGCUCCAAAAGACCGUUCAGUUGCUUUGUUCUGAGUAAAACCACUCCUUCUUCUAAAAGAGUUGAUUGAGAUCACGAAGUGUAAUCUCUUUGAAACCAACAUAGAUCCGAAGCUAUGAACAAUUCAGGGGACUGAGCUGAAGGCAUCUUAGUGCAUAUACACAAAAGAACAUCUUACAUAUAUACCUAUGAACUUUUCAGAUAAUUUAUUUUAAGUACAAGACAUAUUCUUAACGUCAGGUGGGUUUGAUGUGAGGCCUUAAGUCCUUUGCUGGAUUGGAAAUAUAAAUAAUAUCCGGC